AAGAAUAUGGCGGAGAAUGGAUUUCCCCAUUUGAUUUGAAGAUGACUGGUAAAGUUCGUGGAAGGGGUCGGGGGCGUGGGAGGGGACGGGGACGAGGUCGUAAGACAGCACAAGUGAACCGAGAAUCGGAACCGGAACCAGAACCAGCACAGGAAGCAGAGAGUCUGAAUAUUCACGAACAAUCUGAGGAAAGUAAUGAUGAACCACCCCCUGAACCACCCCCCGAACCACCCCCAAUCUUCAAAACUGCGUUUCCUCCAGAACCAGUUCACCAGAACCAACGACUACGCUGGGAUCACAAGGUGAACCUAAUCGGUGAGAAAGUUGUCGACCCUCUGAUUCACUGCUGUGAAAGGUGUACCUUGCCCAUUCUAAUCUAUGGACGACUGAUUCCAUGCAAGCAUGUAUUCUGUUUUGAUUGUGCAAGAAAAACUGAAAAAAAGUGUACAAGGUGUGAAGACCCAGUCCAGCGUAUCGAACAGUCGGCUCUGGGAACUGUGUUUAUCUGUACGUACGGCGCUCCGAAACACACGGCCGCGGGUUGCCGACGGACCUACCUGUCACAGAGAGACUUAGAUUCUCACAUAAGUCAUCGCCACCUCAAGAAAUCAGAGCCUGCCAAGUCUUCAUCGAGUGAGAAGUCGUCGCACCAUCACGCCCCAUUCAUCUCGACGGGUCACCCCACGAUGACGUCAGCAGGCCAACAGCCAGUGAGCUCGGCCCCCCAUCACACGGCGAUCCCCCCCAACCACCAACCCAUGGAGAUCCAGCAGGCCGCAUCCAACAUCCCGCAGAGACAGGUGGUGGAGCAGGGAGUGUUCCGACCCCUCGACGGAAACCCGCUCGUCCAGACUCACGUGGCCGUGCAGCCGGGCCUCGUCCAGCAGAUGGCCGUGUCUCACCCGCAGAUGCACCAGCCACCCCCCCAGACCCUCCAGGUGUCCCUGCCGCAGGGUCUGCCGGGCGUCAUGACUACCAUAGAGAGUUAUCAGACUUCUUCCAUCCCCGUGAUGGCAGGCAGCAGAACGAAUCUGAUAACGGUUCCGAUACAGGAGGGCUCCAGCAUGGAGAAGUACCAAACAAACUAUGUCCCCGGCAGUGUGUACUCGGGACACCUGGCUAACACUAUCCCGCCAGCCGGGUUCGGACAGGUACCACCGCCAGGCCUGCCCCCCACCCACAUACCCCCUAUCAGACAGCCGUUUCCACCGUCGACGAUGGCAGCCGCUGCCAUGCACCAGCAGGUUCCUCCAUCCUCAUACGGACAGCCGAUCAGCCAGGGUCCGACGAUGUUCUCCUCCUCGACAAUGCCCCUGACUCUAGGACACCCACAGCACCAGGUCCCUGUUUCUCGAGCCCCCCCGGGGUCCAUUCCCCACCAGAUCCCAGGUGCGGUCCUCACGUCCAUGUCUAAUGCCCCCACGGGACAUCUUGCUGGUCCACCCAUACUGGUGGGUAUUCCAGGGCCCCAGGGGCCCAGGCAGCAGUCGCAAGCCCCUCCAAGGUUUUCCAGCCCCCACGGACACUUCGACGAUGGUCUUGGACCCCCGUUUAAUCAGCCUGGCAGUCCCAGGAUGCACUGGACUGGUCCCCAAGCACGGGGUCCACCCCCCGUGUCAGGAGGAGGGGGUCCUAUGCAACACCCUCCCCCUCAGCGACCCCAAGGAGACUCUGGUCCUUUUGGUCAAUACUAUUAAGAUAAUAUUUUAUACAAAGAUGUGCUUCACAGAUCAAUAUGUAUAUUGGUGCCAAUAUAAAUUGUUUGUAUUAUUGAAUUAUGUUACUUUUAUUUUUAUUACCCACCUGGUGAAUGUAUAGCUGUGUCGCAAUAAUACCAUAAAGACCACCAGUGUAAUAUAGAUGUUAGAUAAUAUGUGUAAUGAACACAUGCACGCACACAUACACACAGUCUCGCUAAAGUGGGAGAAAGUUUUAAUUUACACACUUAUUAUUUAAUUGUAUUGUUUGGAUAUGUGCAGGAAACACACUCGCUGUUACUAGCUUGCUCCAAAGUGUAAAAUUGUUCAGUAAAUUGGUAAUUUACACUGUUAUUAUUUGGAUUACAGAUCGACAAAUUAAGUAUUUUUAGUCCUGUCAGUUUCUCUGUUUUUAGUGGCACUUUUACAUUAGUAUAACAAUUUUACAAAUGGCGACCCUGGGUUAUAUUUUAGAGCAGAGGUUUCCGAUACCAUUCUGCUCCUGUAUAAAAUGCUGAUACAUAAAUGUCCAAAAUGCUGAAAUUUAUGGAUUUUCUGAUAGAUAUUACAUUCUUUGAAGGUGGGUAAUAAAUAAAAUAUCCCACCUUUUUCGUUAAGAUAUAAAUUUUAUGAAACUCUAGUAACUUUCCUUUUAUCUCACCUUACUCAGAUACUGGGAAAGUUAGCUUGUUUUGUCAAAAUGAUAUGUGUCGAUAAUGAGUGUAGUAUUCUGUAUGUAUCUGGAGAGUAGAAAAACAACUAUGCUACUAGUAUUAACAUACUGCUGUCAAGUUGUUGCAUCAAACUGAUACUGCAGAUUCUCUUUUAUUUGAAACUUAUUGCCUAAGUAACUGGUCAUUAAUUUGAUUUGUGAUUUCCAAAAUUGAAAGUUUGUUGUGUCUCGUCACUAUUUUGUAUAGCAGAACAUAAAACUGUGAGCACACUUCUUAUUUAAAGCUGAAAUACCAUCUUUACUUGCUGACUUGGUAAAAGAAUAGACCGUAUGGCAUCGUUCUGUACUUAAAGGGCUCCAAAUUGGGAAGCAACAGGUCUUACAACUACAUGAUUUGUCAUUUUGUGGUUCUAUGUACGGGAAUCAUUUCUGUUCAUCAUAAUUAUGGGAUUUGCUGUUCCCUACACCUCCCCCUAUUCAAAAUUAUCUAAUAUAACAGUCAAGUUUGUUUUGUUCUGAACUGCAAACAAAUAAGUUUGAUUGCAAGGGGAACUCUUUCAUAUAAUUAAAUUUAUCGCCAACGCUAUACCACUGAUUAGUUGAAUUUAUAAUAUCUUUAUUGGGUUUGCUGGGGGAGACGGUUUUGUUGUAAGUUUCAAAUAUGAGGUAAAAACACAGCUGAUAUUUAAGUCACAUUUGUUGGAGUAAACAAACAACAAAUAUUUUAAAAUAGUAACUAUUGUUUGCUGGGUAUUCAUUAAAACAACUUGUUAAAAUAUUGAAGUAGGUGUUAAAAUAUAUAUUUUAUGAGAAACAUUUCAAGGCAAGCUUGUUGUAAAGGGCACCUCUGUAUAAGGGGUAUGUUUUAUAUUUGUAUGAAGGUUAUCUGCAUAUAACACCUUUUUUUUUCUUCUUUUUUUUUGGUAGACUCCUUGGGUGGCUUUUGUUAAACGUUUUGACAGUUUUAAAUGUUACACUGUGCACUUAAUAAUGUCUCAUCUGAUAGGAAUUGGGAGACCUUGCUGUGAUUAUUAUUACAUAUUGUGAUGUAUUUCUUUUAUUCUUUUCAUUGGCAUUGAUUUUUUUAGGCAAAUCAUAACAUUACUAAAAUAAAUAUUAAAACAAAAAUGAGUUGAUUGACUUGAUGGUGUAGUACAUUUUUCUUUAGUGUGACCUGAAGUCCCCAGUCUUGGGCACAUGGUGUUAUGAUGGGUACACCAACACUACAAAAUACAGUUAGAGAACUCUUACAGUUAUCAACAUUUUAUUUUUAUUUUUUUACGUCCAUCUUCCUCUUUCUUAAAAAUGCUUUCAAAAUGUUGAUUUUGCUAGGGUUAUUUUGGGUGUGUAUGUCAAGUUUUGUAUGGAUUUAAAAAAGAAGAAAAAAAAGCAUACUUUGGCAUUAAUUCUAUCACUCCUAGCAUGCUGUGUUUAUUUUUUAUUAAAUGUUGAUAUUGUGAACGUCUGCUAAAUGUAUCAUGUAGUGUACGGGUAUAUCAAGUAAAAUUGCUUGAGAAUAUUAUUGCCAUCAUCCACAUAUUUUAUGAAUAAUUAAACUGCAGUAUUUUGAUAUUGCAUUAGAAUGUUGAAUUUGCAGUUGCAUAUUCAAAUCUUUGUGAAAGACCAAUAAAAAUUGUUUGAUGUU